AUGGCGAAAACAACUUUCCUCCAGAAGAUCGUGAAGAAUGAGGCAAUGAAAAGUGAUCCGCCUGAGAUCUACGACAUUGGUUCAAUCGGAGGCAUCAUUGUCAUGGAGGCAUUCCUGAAGAAAUAUAAUAUCACCGCCGCCACGACAGCUACUUUGACCAGCAACAUUGUCAGCACGCUCCAAGCUGGUUGCUUCUUCGGGUCCUUGAUCGCAUACUAUGUUGCAGAUAGAUGGGGACGAAAGCCCUCACUCUUGAUCGCAGCAGGAGUUACGAUUCUUGGCAUCAUCAUUCAAUCUUCGUCCGACGGCCACAUUUCGGCUCUCUACGUGGGUCGUCUUGUCUCAGGCUUUGGUGUCGGCGCAGCAAGCAUGCUCACCCCUCUGUAUGUCAGCGAAAAUGCUCCUCGUGCCAUCCGAGGUGGCUUGACCGGUCUCUAUCAACUCUUCAUCGCAGCUGGAACCAUGCUGAGUUUCUGGAUCAACUACGGAACGCACAAUAACUUCAAGCCUGUGAAGACGAAUAAUGCUACUUGGCAGGUUCCAUUGGCACUUCAGUGCUUGCCGGCACUUUGCUUGUUUUUGGGAAUCUGUUGUUGCAAUGAGAGCCCCAGAUGGUUGGCUAGACAGGACAAUUGGGAGAAGGCUACUAAGGUUCUGUCUAAAGUCACAAAUCUUCCUCCCGAUCAUCCUUACGUGCAGAUGGAAUUGAAUGAGAUGAGAGACCAAUUAGAGAACGAGCGGCGACUUGUUGGAGGAGCCUCUUUCAUGGAUUUGCAACGUGAGAUGUGGACUAUUAAGGGAAACAGAAACAGAGCCUUGAUCUCAAUCGGACUUAUGGUUUGUCAACAGCAGAUGACUGGAACCAAUGCAAUUAACUACUACGCUCCAACUAUCUUCCUUGAUCUCGGCAUUCCCAGCUCCAACACCGGCCUCUUCGCAACUGGCAUCUACGGCGUCGUCAAAAUGACAACCUGCGCAGCCUUCCUCCUCUUUGCCGCCGACUCUCUCGGGCGUCGAAGAUCCCUCCUUUGGACCUCCAUCGCCCAAGGCCUCGCCAUGUUCGUGAUCGGCUUCUAUGUCCGCUUCGACCCUCCCGUGAAAGGCGCCGCCAUCCCACCUGUCGGAUACUUCGCCCUUACCUGCAUCUUCUUAUUCGCAGCAUUCUUUCAAUUCGGCUGGGGACCUUGCUGCUGGAUUAUUGUUUCUGAGAUCCCGACUGCGAGAUUGAGGGCUAUGAAUGUUGCCAUCGCUGCAGCGACGCAGUGGUUGUUUAACUUCGUGGUUGCGCAGGCGGUUCCGCAUAUGUUAGCGACUGUGGGAAAAGGUGGUUAUGGUACUUAUUUCAUCUUUGGGAGCUUUUGUUUCAUUAUGUUCUUUUUUGUGUGGUUCUUCAUUCCUGAGACUAAGGGAAUGAGUUUGGAGAGGAUGGAUGAUAUGUGA